AUGCUUCGGUUCGGCUACACAGCCUUUCGAGGCCCUUCUGCGCUUCCCAGACCUCCAAGAAUGUCUAUAAUACAAAAUCGACUUCUUUCCACCUCGAGAUUAUGCCUCAACAACAACACCCCAUCCACCGGCGACAAGUCGAAGUCUCAAGCCAUCGCUGAUGUCGACAACCUUUUGAACGAAACGUCCAAUUUUCACGCCAACAGCUUCUCCAACCGCUCAAAGGACCGUAUGUUUGAUAUUUCCGUGAAACACCCCCGCGAUGUGGCAAAACUGAUUCGAGUCCAGGGUCCUGUUGCUGGUCGUUCUGUAGACGUUCAGUACGGCAACUUUGCCCGGUCUCUCAGCUCGAUGUUUUCGGUGGUCCGCAGUAACAAAAUCAGGUAUCUUAAGAAGAUCCAAGCCCGUCAUAUUCCUCCUGCUAAGCUUCGCAAACAGAAGAAGAGAGAGUGGUGGAGACGCAAGUUUUCGCUGGGAUUCAAGGAAUUGAUGGCCCAGGUGAGAGACGCAAAGAGAAGGGGAUACUAG